UGGUACCUGAAGAGCAAACCGAUAACAGCUGAGUUUGCACGAAGUGCCAUCCUUGCAGCUAAAAUUGAGGAAUUUAUCACGACGUUCAAUUCAACAAUAGCAGUUUCUAAAGUUAUAUGUAACCGUCGUAAACCAAUGCAAUAGUUGUCAUCUGCUGUUACGGCCGACAAAACAAAGGCAGGGGACAAAUAUUACAUUACAUCAAACCCGGCAAACAAAGAGGUCCUUUUUCAACGACAACAUUUUUCCUCCGUAUUCUAUAGUUAUGAGUCAUGUGGCCGUCGAAAAUGCCCACGGUCUAGAGCAGCAGCUUGCUGUCCUAGACUUGAGUGCAGCAGACGGACAAGGUGGAGGCCAUAACAGGCGAUACAUUCCUCCACAUUUACGGAACAACGAUGCUUCCAAAAAUGCAGGAAAUGCCUUUGCUGCUGGUCGACAAGGUGUCUUCACCAUGGCGCCUCCAGCCAACUAUGGUUGGGAUGGAGCACGCAACAACUUUGUCAACGGCUACCAUGACAACCGGAUGACCGCUAACACGUUCACUCGGGGCCCGCCUCGCUUGGAGCGAGGCCGAGGUGGAGCUGGGGGAGGUGGUUACCGUGGUAACCGGGGAGGAGCUUUCAACCCAAUCAACCCAACACAACCAUUGGGAUUUGGUGGCUAUGAAAAUAAAGAUGCAGGUGGUUGGAACACAGCUAAGGAUGCCUAUAACAGCUUUGGCAACAACCGAGGGAAAUCGGCAUUCUUCAAUGACAGAGGCAACACUAACAGAGGGAGGUUCGAUCAUGGUGGAUUUGGCGGCGGUGGUGGAGGAGGAGGUGGAAACAGCCGCUGGGUGGAGGAGUCCAGAGACGAGGGAGACUGGUCCAAACCAACACCACGGAACGAGCGCACGGAACAUGAGCUGUUCUCUGGCAGUAACACGGGCAUUAACUUUGAGAAAUAUGACGACAUUCCUGUUGAAGCCACAGGGCAGAACUGCCCUCACCACAUUGAGAGUUUUCAAGAUGUGGACAUGGGUGAGAUUAUCAUGGGAAACAUCGCUCUGAGUCGCUAUACCAGACCCACCCCUGUCCAGAAACAUGCCAUUCCUAUUAUCAAGUCAAAGAGAGACCUUAUGGCCUGCGCACAGACAGGCUCUGGGAAGACUGCAGCGUUCCUGCUGCCAAUUCUGAGCCAGAUCUACACUGAUGGACCAGGAGAAGCUCUUAAUGCAGCUAAAGCCUCUGGACAGGAGAUUGGGAAGUAUGGGCGACGUAAACAGUACCCAAUCUCUCUGGUACUGGCUCCAACCAGAGAGCUGGCAUUACAAAUAUAUGAUGAAGCCAGGAAGUUUUCCUACCGGUCCAGAGUGCGUCCCUGUGUUGUGUAUGGAGGAGCAGAUAUUGGCCAGCAGAUCAGAGAACUUGAGAGAGGCUGCCACCUGCUGGUGGCUACACCAGGAAGACUGGUGGACAUGAUGGAGAGAGGCAAGAUUGGACUGGACUACUGCAACUACCUGGUCCUGGAUGAGGCAGAUCGUAUGUUGGACAUGGGGUUUGAGCCGCAAAUAAGACGCAUCGUGGAACAAGACACUAUGCCACAUAAAGGCAUUCGACAAACCAUGAUGUUCAGUGCUACCUUUCCUAAGGAGAUCCAGAUACUGGCCAGGGAUUUCCUGGAGGAGUACAUCUUCCUGGCUGUAGGCAGAGUAGGUUCCACCUCAGAGAACAUCACUCAGAAAGUGGUGUGGGUGGAAGAGAGUGACAAGAGGUCUUUCCUCCUGGACCUGCUCAGUGCUACAGGUAAGGACUCGCUGACUCUGGUAUUCGUGGAGACCAAAAAGGGCGCUGAUGCCUUGGAGGACUUCCUGUACCGGGAGGGCUAUGCCUGUACCAGUAUCCAUGGUGACCGCUCCCAGCGAGACAGAGAGGAGGCCCUCAGCCAGUUCAGAUCAGGAAAAUGUCCUAUUCUGGUGGCAACAGCGGUCGCUGCUCGAGGUCUGGAUAUCUCCAAUGUGAAACACGUUAUUAACUUUGACCUGCCCAGUGACAUCGAGGAGUACGUCCACCGCAUAGGACGUACCGGACGAGUUGGAAACCUGGGGCUGGCCACAUCGUUCUUCAACGAUAAGAACGGGAACAUCACUAAAGACCUGCUGGACAUCCUGGUUGAGGCCAAACAGGAAGUUCCCUCAUGGCUCGAGAGCCUAGCCUAUGAACAUCAGCACAAGAGCACCAACAGAGGGCGCUCCAAGAGGUUCGCUGGAGGUUUUGGAGCACGUGAUUACCGUCAAACAGCUGCUGGAUCCAGCACUGGGGGAUUUGGUGGACGCGGAGGUCGCAACCAGACAGGACAUGGAGGAACCCGUGGCUUUGGAGGAGGUGGUUUUGGCAACUUCUACACCAGUGACGGCUAUGGAGGCAACUACUCACAUUCUCAAGUUGACUGGUGGGGCAACUAGGUUCCUCCUCCCUCCAUCCCUCUUUCACUCAUUCAUCUUUUUUCUUCUCACUCGUACUCCUUCCUUUCCCCACACAGUGUUGUCUGCACUCCAUUUGUCCACACUAGGGAUGGGCAUUUCAAAUGAAAAGACCAAUCGAUGAUUACUUGGUAUUAGGGCUGCAACUAUUAUUUUCAUAAAUUAUUAAUCUGUUGAUAGUUUAUUGAUUAAUUCCAUUAGUUCUUCAGUCCAUUAUGUCAGAAACGUCAAAGUAAUGAUGUUCUCAAAUGUCUUAUUUUUUCCACAAAUCAAAAUCUUUCAGUUUUAAUAAUAAUUUCUUUGUUCUUUGGAGUAAAGAAACCAGAAAAUCUGAAAAAGCUGCUGAAGUUGGAAAAUCAUACAAACCGAUAAAUCGGUUAUCAAAAUAUAUAGAAAUAAUCGAUUAAUUUGAUUAAUCAAUUAGUUCUUGCAGCCUAUCUGGAAUUAGUCAAUAAUUUAUACAAGGUGGGAGAUUAUGUAUUUCACACCAUAUAUUUCACGCCAUUUUAGUAAACUGUAUAUAAAAAUCCUUUGUUUAUUAAGACUUUUUCGCCAGAUGUUGCGUUCAAAUGUGUGCUCAGUUUUUUUUUCUUAAGAAAUUUGAUGCGUUCUGUGACUUCUCUCUGCCUGAGAGAAGUGGAACACUCUGCUCUAUGCAUAACUUAUGAUAACAGAGUUGCACAUAGAACUUUUGUUUAAAAAACCUGCUGUAGUCUCUGACUCUGCAUGUUUCUCCUCAGCUGUAGAGCGGCAUCUCUACAGCGGUCUCACAGCACUGCAUGUUGGGAAACAACUGAACAAAAUGGCUGCUAGUGGCAUUAACCUAUGGAUUCUUUCAUAAUCCAGUGACUGUUUUGAAUGUUGGAAAACCAUGCCCAUCCCUAGUCCACUCCCCCUCCAAACCCCCAAAUAUCACAUGCAUGUUAUUGAACUAUUUAUACUCGUUUAUAUAGCCCUCCUUCCAUCCUUCUGUACUAAGAUAUUUUAGUUCCUCUUAAGAUUUUUGUGGUCCUUUCCACCUUCACCGUCAUUUGUACAGCUGUCCAUCUCUUUCUUUUUAUUUCUUAGUUGCUGUUUAAUCUCACCUCUUAAAACUGGCCACAAAUUGAAAAGAUCCUUAUAUUUUAGUGGAUUAUUUUUCUUUACACCCAGCCACAUGUUUACUUCCAGUUAGCAGCGUCCCUUGGUUUGCCCUCUGAGGUAUGUCUGAAGAAAAAUAACCACUUAAAUUAAAAUUAUUUUAAUCCCCAUGAGAGAUAUACACAUGUGAUUUACAGGACAUGUGUAUGUGUGAAGUACUAGGGGAUAUCCUUUUUUAUUUUAAGAUUUGUCUUCAUUGUGUUUUUGUCUCUAUUCUCCCUAAAACUGUGUUCCUUCAUGUCAUAUUUAUGUAACAAAUGGCCAUGUAAAUCAGCAGCUAAGAGAAAUCUCUAAAAUAUAGCGCAGACAUUGGCAAGGUGUCACAAAUAUGUCUGCAUAUAAAUGGAAACGGUCUCCUGUGCUGACAUGGCAGAUUCUUUAAGAGGCUCCACAGACAAAGCUAAAUGUCUUUUUCACCUUUUCAAAACAUGUACUGAAGUAUUGAUUUACUACGGUCUGAUAAAGAUGUCAGACCAAGUCUAGAAGCUGCAGCGCUGGCAGUCAUUUGAUGCCAUCAAACAGGAGUCAUAGGACUUGUGGUUGUUAAACUCGCGACCACAAAUGGCAUUUCUAUGUUUGGAACAAAACAAAAUGGAGGAUCAUUUGUUUCUGUACCGUGCCUUUCAGCAGUUGAACUUUGUUUCGUAUUCCCUUUGUUUUUAUUGCCAUAAAGCAUAACUGGCCAUAUGUAUCAGGCCAACUGUGACUAAACAAGUGUAUUUAAUGUCAUGUAUGGAUUCAGACAUGUUUUCUUUAUUUCUUUUUGGAAGGAAACAAACUAGGCUUGAACUAAAUCAAACCUUGGCAAAAAAAAAAAAAAAAACUGUCAUGAGGAACCUCAAUGUUGUUCCUUAUCAGUCUAUUGGAGUUCAAAUUCAUCAGAAGGUCACUGACGAGCUGGUUCCCAACAGCACGUUGACCUGUAUGACACAUCUAUAGCUCUGGUUUGAGCUGGAGUUUGGGUUUCUCAAAACCAUCUUGUCACUAAUGAUUGGGUCAGAGAGCCACGGACGGAGUCUUUGGUGUAGCUGUGCAGCAGCAGAUUAGGAUGUGAUUCACUUUCUGUUUACACACGUGUUUGGAAUAAAUGUAACGAGGAGGAUGAAUCGUCUGCAACUUUUUAGAUUGGAUGUUCGAUUGAAACUUUCCAAAUCUGUUGCAAUAAUAUCACUGUGUUUCUCAGAUUUUGAGGUGCAUCCUCCAGUGAUCCCAAAGCAAUGCUACAACAAUUAGGGCUGGGCAAUAUAUUGAUAUUUUAUCUAUAUUGUGAAAUAAGACAUAAGAUUUGGUCUUUGGAUAUCGACGCAUCGUGAUAAGGCAUUUGUGAUGUUUUCCUGGUUUUAAAGGCUGUUGCAAUGCUAAUCAUAUUUAUUGGUUAAAAUAAACAUGGAAUGGGCAAAAUUCUAACAUGUAAAUAUCCUUCAUCAAACUGGAAUGAAAGCUAAUUUGUAUUUAGGAGUGUAUUUACAGUGUAUUGUCACAGAAAAACAUGUGUGCAGUUUUAUAGUCGGAUAUAUCUUAUAUAUUGGGAUAGCAUAAACUAUCCAGAUAUUAUUUACAGCCUUACCUUUAUGCUUGACCGAUCAUUGAUUGGAUUUAUAUCUAUACCGAUAUUGAAUGAUGUACAAAAAAGGUUUUUACCCAUAUCGCCCAGCCUUAAUUUGCGAGUUUAAAAAAUAAAGAAAAACAAGUUACACAACUGCUGCUGAAAACGACACAUACCAAGUUUAACCAGUGGCUGUGGAUGUUCUGCUGACUCUUAGUGCCACCAUGAUCUUGGGGAAAUCCGGCUCCACUUCCACCACAAACAUUACAACCCUUGUUUGCCAAAAGCUUCUUUCAAGGGGAAACACAACAAAAAAAAAAAGCUAUAAUAGUUCAAAUUUUACUUGCUCACUCUAUCCUGGAAGUUAAAUGAAGAGUCUUCUCUAAAAUAAGUCAUUCCAGUUUAUUUGUUAGGUCUUAAAGAUCUGUUGAGAUCAGGGAUUCAUGUGAAGAACUGGACUAGCUGGCCUAAUCCCUUUCACAGCAGCCACAGCUGGGGCUUGUGUUUGUUUUUUUUGGGUAACGCCUUACCUCUAAAGCACAUUUUAAUCAUGUCAUAUCUUACUGUACUAUGACGAAACGCCUUCAACUACACCCAAUCUACUCAGCUCAGCUUUUUAUCCCCUCUCUGCUUUUCUCAUGGACGAUAUUGGCCGACAAUGAAAGCACUGAACCUCUCAUUGUGGCACGAGCUCGCACCAAAGUGCUGUGCCUUGACUGCUACUUCCACCUCCACUGUCCCAUUUUAUACUAGCCCAGCAUAGCACAGCAUGAUAUAAGACCGAUUAAAAGUGUGCUAGAUCUUUAAGGUCACGUGAUUUAAGGCUGUACACCUGCUUAGCCCCGCUCUGCUCUGCCAUGAAACCGGGCCACAAGGGGGCAGUUGACCUGCACCCAAGACUGGCGUCCAAGUUUAGUCCCAGCAUGAAAGUAAAAAGGAGAAAACUCCACUGUACAUUUGGAAGCUUCAGUGGUAGAACUUCAAUCCCUCCACAAUCAGCAGCAGAUUAAAAAAGAAAUCCUCUGCUGCUACCUGGUGGGGAAAAAUUGUUAAAUGUUUUUUUUAUCAGAGUAUUAAUUUGUUUUGUUUACAUCAAUAACUUUAGUGACACGAAAAUGUAGAUGAAGUGUAAAUAGUUCAAAACGGAAAGAGAAGAAUCUCCAGUGAAUGUGAAUUUUGAAGUGAAAUAACACUCGAGGUGUCGAAGAUCUGUAAGCACUCAACUUUGGACCAUGCAGUGUCUGCUAAACUGAGUUCAGUGGGCAAUUUGGACAUGCUUACUACAUGUAUUUUCAAAAUGUGUGUUAUUACACACACACAGACCAAUAUUUACUUUCCUCAAAUUGCCCACUGGCUUUGUCAAAUGACAAGGCUGGACCAAGACAACAGAAACAUAUGCAAGUGUUGUUGUUUUUUGGUCAAGGAGAUAAAAAUGCCAAACACAAUUCUACAGCAGGCUUUAGUUAGGUUAACAUUUAUCCCAUCGUUUUAUGAUUUUUACACCACUUCAUGAAGUCAGGUCAAUCUCGAAAUCUUAAAAUGUACCUCUAGAAACAGUUAAGUUUUUGUGUUAGUGUUACUUUUAUUUACAGAUGCAUAUCAGUCCCUUAUGUUUUAUAAAAAAAAUCAACCAACUCUAACAUAUCAACCUUCCUGAAGAACCAAAAACAAGACGUUUGCUUGUAUUUUCAUUCAACUAUUGAAGCUGGCUUAACGGUCAGCUUAACCGUUAUUGUAGCAGAAACUUUAUUUUCUCACUGUUGUUCAACUCAUAGCCUGAUAUAGACUUAUAUUGAUCACUUGUUAAACAUGGUGAUCAAACUGUUGACCAGAACUGUGUUUUGAGAUGUCCCAGUCAUUCAUUUAGGUCCUUUUAACCAAUUAGAGACGUUCUCUCAUGACACACUUUUUUGCGUUGGACGGUCUCCUUCUCAGACGUCGUAGAGGAACAAGCAGCAGGAAGAUGGACGAUAGAUGUUAGGAGGCAGUACUGCAAAUGACAAUCAUACAGGAAGGCUUUGAUUUGCUUAAAACUCCUCGUCGUUUAAAACUUGUAAUAGUCUUGGGGGACACUUUGAAAUGUAGAGCUUUUCUUGGCCAGCUGUCUCGUUCGUGGGCAGUUAUUUUAUAACUGUCUGUUUUUAACCCUGCACAUCCCAAAUGGAGAAGACUGGAACUCUAGUUUCUCCACUUGUGUUACAUUUCACAGUAGUCAUCAUCUUCAUCUCCUUAUUGAAGUUGUUUGGGAACAGUUUGAAGACCUAUUGUCGAAACGACCGAACUCGAUGCAGAAUCAGAGUCUACCUUUUUAAAUACCGACUGAAUAACGCGUUUUUGGCGCUUGAUUGUUACAGAAGCCACAUGCGAGAAGGAUCGUCUGUUACCACAAACUUAGCAUGCAGCUAGCGUUGUCUCUCUCUUUUGUUCCAAAUACAGGAGAAACGUUUCGAGGAGCAAAGCACUAGAAUGACUCUGGUUGUGUGUGUGUGUGUGUAGACGUUGCUGUGCCUUCUAACAACCACUAGGGGGCAUAUACAAUCACGCUGAAGAAAUAAAUGUAUGAUGCUGGGUUCCAUUUAGAUCAGAACUCGGAAAUGGGAGUGACGUCAAACCCCCACGGUUAAAAGUAGCCCCAAGCCCUCGGAAAUUCCGAGUUCAGACUAUAAUGGGACGCGUCAUACCUAGCUUAAUGACUGCUAGUAGUGUAGAUGGGACUAAAACAUUUUUGAGAUAUACAACAGGGAAUUUUACGAAGAUCAAAGUUCAGUUUACCUCACUUUUUAUCUUGUGUGUAGAGCAAUCUUGUCAUGUCGUAGUGUUCAGAGUGCGCACAUAAAUAUGCAAUGUAUUUAGAUUAUAUCUAUCUAGCUGUAAUUACCUUUGAUUUGCGUUGGCGCAGUACUUCAAAUACCACUGUGCCCCUUCUUCACAAUGCCCACAAGGGGGCACUAGACUUGACUUUGCCAUCACCAAGACUCAUUCAUUUCUUUCGGGCUGUUUCCUGUGUGUGCGCUCCAUUUGGAUUCAAGCACAAAAGAGCCCCGAAGUCUGACAUGUGCACGGUGCCUUGAAAUGACUGAUUCACUCAAGACAGACACAUUUUAUUAAUUAGGGCUGGGUAUUAGUCAGCAAAAUACCAAACGAUUACUAUGACAAAGUCAACCAGUCACGCACUUGCAAAAUUACAGCUAAAUGUAGUAAAAAAAAAAUAAUUAAAAAAAUUGAGGCUAAACAAUUUGAGUCAAAUAUCAUUGUGACAUAAAUUGAGACUUCAUUUGCGAUAUAAUUUUUUUUCAAGUCAAACAUUAUCAAUAAUUACUGGCAAAACAAGAUGGUACAUUGCCACAAAAAGUUAAAGAUAGUAAGAAAUAUUUGCACAUAACAGAAGAGAUCUGGAACGUACAACGAUUGAAGUAAUUAAUGUUAAAUCAAUUGCGCUUUAGAUUAAAAAAAAAAAAAGAUUGUUUAGCCCAAAUAAAAACAUAACUACAUAGCAUUAAACAUCGUCUCAACAUUUCUCUGCAGUCCUUCAAACAGAUUCAAAAACGUCUCAGGUAGAAGGUUUAACCGAGUAACUAAGGCUUAAAAAAAAAAGACAUUUUGUGUCAUUAAUGAUAACGUGUGUAUGAUAAUAAGCCACCUUGAUUUCCUUUUAUGAAAUGUUAGGGGCUGUUUUUUUUUUUUUUUGUUAUCCACAUGGAAACACUACUUUUUUUUUUUUUUUUUAAAAAGAGUCCCAGAGUGGGAAAACCUCUUGUAGACAACCACGACUAUGCUUUGGGAAAACGAUGAUGUCAUAGCCCCACUUCCCCAGCUGUCGCUUAUCUUUGCCGCAGCCUUCCUCUUUUUGGUCUUUCGCUGUAUUUUAGCUUAUAUGUUCUUCCGUUAGUCGUCCUGGCUUUAAUUAUUCUGCUUCUGUGACUCUAUCCAUUGUCGUGUCACAUGUGCAUAAGUGCUCAAUGUCGUCUCGUUUUUUGGCGUAGCGGGCGUGGCGUACGUACUACAGCAUUUAAAGGUCAGUUUCCAUGUGGAUGAAGUCAUUUGUUGUUAAUGUUUCAUUCUUUUAUCCGUGUAGAUCGAGCCUCAGUCACUUGUGUUCAAGUGUGUCUGACUUUCAGAAGAUUCCUCGUGACCCCUUUAACGUUAGCUUGGAGCAAACACGGUUUAUUUCCUCUAGAAUUAAACACAAAUAAAUAAAUAAUAAUAAUAAAAAAAAAUCUGCACUUUAUUUUCUGGUUUUUGAAAACUUUUCAAAACCCUUUGAUGCCUUAAAAAAUCAAGGCUGAUACCCAGCCCUAAUGGAGCUUUUAGUGAAGUUGGUUACGCAGCAUACAGUCAUUACCAUGGCGACAGAUGAACAGAUAUUGGUACCACAGCAAAGGAUUCCGCGUCACGACGGCAGCCAACUUGCUAGGAGGAAUAUUUUGAUAGUCUGUGAAUAAAUAUUGGUGCUAUGCUCCCGUUACUGUUGUAGGAAGACUGAAAACACCAACAAGUUUUACUUAGUUUAACGUUAAGCUAAAGUCGCCUGUAGCACACGUCCUUCAGAACCUCUGAGGAGUAUGUUUGAGUGUUAGCACAGUGUACAGUACAGUACAGUGUGUGUGUGUGUGUGUGGAAAGGUUCUUCCAGAUAUAAAACGUUGUUUUUGUUUUGUUUGUUUUUUUUUUAUUCUUAUUUUCCGGGACCAGGUGGAGUUCUAGUUGACAGCAAGUGUAGAAUUCAGCUGUUUGCACACAGUCCUCGAGUCUACUUUCCGCUGCUAGUUUGUGUAAUUUAUCGAGCAUUUCUGAGAAAUAUUUAUUUUUAUAAGCCUAAUACAAAAGUUGAUAUUUUACAAAGUGACUUGACCAAAAGACGAGAAAAAACAAAAACACUUGAAUGUUGAAUGUCAUUGGUAUGAGUGAAAAUUUCUAUUUUUCUGGGGUAGUGUGAGCUUUUUAAUGUUUAAAGAUGCAGCGCGUAGGGAUUUCUCUUUGGAUUUGUCACGGUAACAAACUUUAAUUAUACAAAUGUGAAGCUUUUAACAACAUUACUGUCACUGAAAAUACACCAUGUGCACAUCUUUGACACCACCCAGCCUUGAGAUUGAUAAAGUUUAAUACAAUAGGCUCUUUGCACGGCAGCCAACACGACAGUUUACUGAUUGAAGUCUAGUUUUUACUUUCCAAUAUUUAAUUAUCUCCUAAGUGGUUCUUGUCGAUGCAGAUUUGGAUCAGUGAACUGGGGCGACGUCCCUUCUUUAUUUUACAACCCUGUGUGAAGAUGUGCACGUGGCGUGGCAGCGCGCUGACGGUCAAUGUGAGCGUGACACACCGAGAGGAACAUCUACGGGUUACCUUUAAAGUCACAUUUGACUCAGUAUCAGAUCCACAAACCUGUCUCAUGCGACAGGCUCCAUUGCCAACAAUGAUAAUCAUCCGUGAGCAGCCAUUUUCUUUUUUUUUUUAAUUGGCGAACAAAAUUUGAGACAAUACCACCAUGUAUGCCAAGGUUUGGAUUAAAAAUAAUAAUUAAACAAAAUAUUACGAACAAAGACCGUUUUUGUUAAAAAAGAAAAAAAAAAACUCCGUACAAAAAAACGAGUGUCCUGAUUCUCUCAAGUCGUUUUUUUUUUAUUUUUCUCUUUUUUUAUUUUGAGUCUUUACACUUUUCCUUCCCGUUGAGACCCUUUAUGUGACUUUUUCUGGCAAGUGGCGACCUUUAAAGUCUUCAUAACACAGAAUAAACUGUGGUUCUAUUGUUGUUGUGAUUUGCAUAUUUUCAGGCGUUGCGUUGAUGUUGUCGCUGUGGAGCUUCUGGCCAAUCAGAGAUGAGGAUCCAUCCUGCUGUCUUUUACACCAGUUUGACUUUUUUGUUUUGCAACCUGCAGCUGAUCUGUGACUCAUUUAUAUUUGCAUUAAAAAUAAUAACUCUCUGCAGUUAUUUAGGUACAAAUGUAGCCUCAAUCGUCCAGAAUGCAAUAGGGCCAAAGAAAAGCCUCUAUCACUGGUGAAUCAUGUGACACAGGUUAUUUAUCAUAUUUUACUGCCUUUUGUGUGCUCAAAUGCAAACAAAUCAAUCAUAGCUCUUCUGGUGACUCGUCCAGAUGAGUUAAAUUCACAAAAAUACAAACACUCUGUGGCUUUAAUUCACUUUAAGUUUGAGUAUCUUUACAAAGUGGUCUAAAAUUUGAAACGUGUGUAGUCGUGUUUAGGAUAUUUUUUAGUUUUUUGUAAAGAGACUGAAGUGAAAUGAAGCCCAGUGUUGUCGUCGUCGUCGUCCUCACUGAUUGGUCAGACUUCUCCAUGUGGACACAGAGCGGCACCCGCCUGGUAGUUAGCAUUUGCUUUAUGUAUUAGUUUAGCAGUUGUAUGUGCACGAAGAGAUGCACUGCACGAUGAAGAUGAAGAAGAAGCAGAAGAAGAAAAAAAAAAGUGCAUCUGUUCUGAUUUUACCACAAAUAAAGGUUUGGAUUUGCAAAUGUUA